GCCAGGCUGACAACUACCCGGGUGCUUGAAGCUCACUAUUGUAGAGACCGGUUUGUUAGCACUGCGGUAUUAUUUAUACGAAGCUGUAACUUUUCUGAAGACAACAUGAGGAGCUUGCCGGCAGACAAAACCCACUUUCUGCCUUUGCUGUUUCUCCCUUAUCUGUGCAUGGUCCUCGGGAAAAACUGUUCUGUAAGUCUGGAGCAGAAACCGCUUACGAAUGGCAUCAAUCAGUCGAUCCCUUGUUACAGCAGCACAGGCACUGCUUUCACUGUCUCUGCAGGGGCAGCAGACUUACCAAAGGCACCUCAGGACAUUUUCGUAACCCAGACACCAGCUGCUGUGAAUGUUCUGGAAGGUUCCACAGUGCACAUGGAGUGCUUUGUUAAGGAAAAGAUAAACUUGUCCAUUUGGUAUAUUGAGUGGUCUAAGGGAGGAACAAGCAGUGUAUUAACUACCGCAAACCGGACAUCAAUAAUUACAAGUAAAGAAGAAAAACGUAGUCUUUUGAUUCUGAACAAGACGGAGGUAGCAGAUUCUGGAAUGUACACAUGCACUCUUGGUGACAGUGAAGCUACCUUUCACAGUAAUGGAACACAACUGACUGUUGAUGGGAUUACUGAUUUGAUGGUCAAUCAGACUCCAGAAUAUAUCAGCGAAUCGGAAUGGGCAAAUGUCAGCAUUGAGUGUCGAUUCAGGACCGUCAGUGACCACAGCUCCAUGCACGUGAGAUGGUAUAGAAAUGGAUCAGAACUGAACAGCUCAGGAGAUUCCAUCAGAAUAGAGCUGGACCUAGAAAGAGGUUUUACUUCUCUCACUCUCAUGAAUGCUUCCGUGAGUGAUUCAGGGAACUACCGUUGCCGAGUGGGGAUCAGAUCCAGGAACCUGACGGGAUCAGGAAAAGCUUCUCAAGUUGCAAUCACAACUGUUUUCACUGCCCAGAAUGCAGAACACGACAAGCCAGGAACCAGCCUCGCUAUUGCUGGAGCCGGGGCAGGGGCAGGAGUUACAAUCCUCUUGCUGCUUAUAGCUGGUGUCAUUAUGUGGAAGCGCAGAUCCAGAGUAAGCAGAUCAGAGCCAGAAAAUUCUUCAGCCAAAGAAGUUGCACUGCAUCCUCCCUUAGUCAGCCAACCCGGCGAUGUGACGUAUGCUGACCUCCACUUUCACAAAAGGGAAAUGAAACCAGAUGCCGAAGUCGUUUAUGCGGAAGUGAAAGUCCCUCCAAGACAGCAAGCCUGCAAAGAUGCCAGGCAGCUGCAGCAUGGAGGCAACCAGAGGAGAUGAGGUGGAACAGAGCUAGGAAAUGGACAAUCUUUCACAACCUCCUGCUGACCUGAGUUCUCGGAAGAAGUAGAGCCCACUUCUGGGACUAAGAAAGCUGCUGCGUCCCAUCCACUUCUGAGCAGCCUGAGUGCUGAAUUGACUGACUCUUAGGGUGCUGUGCAGGCCUCCGUACCUCUGCCAGUGUGAAGAAAGUGUAUAUAUAUUCCUUUAAAUUUGCUUAGAGAUCA